AUGGGGGAUUUUAAUUCGUCUCUUAAUAUUGAAGAUAAUUAUACUGGAUCUUCCAAUAUUACUACGGGUAUGCGUGAUUUCAAAGCUUGUGUGGAAGAGAUUGAAGUGUUUGAUAUAAAUAGCUCGGGGCUCCACUAUACCUGGAAUCAAAAACCGAAGAGAGGGAAUGGGGUUUUUAAAAAGAUUGAUCGAGUUAUGGGGAAUAUAAGCUUUACGGAUUCAUUUCCUUCUUCUUGUGCUCUUUUCCAGCCUUAUAGGGUUUCGGAUCAUACUCCGUGUAUAUUAAAACUUCCUUCUGUUGCUAGAGAUCGUCCUAAGCCAUUUAAAUUUGCAAAUUUUCUGGUUCGUAAGGAGGGUUUUUUGGAAGCUGUCAAAGAAGGUUGGGUGAUGGAAGUGAAAGGUCAUCCUAUGUUUAGAGUAGUUAAAAAAUUGAGGGCUUUAAAAACUCCAAUGCGCAGGUUGCUACUUAAACAGGGGAAUUUGCACAAGAAGGUGGAGCUGCUUAGGAGUGAAAUUGAUGAUGUUCAAAAGCUUCUAGAUCGUGACCCUUCUGAUGAGGAUUUACGGUCCAAGGAAACUGGUCUAUUGAAGGAAUUUCGAGCAGCAACUCUUGAUGAGGAAGAGUUCUUAAAGCAAAAAUCCAAGGUGAAGCUUAGUCUUGGUGAUACUAAUUCUAAGUUUUUUCAUAAUACAAUCAAGAGUAAUAGCCACCUUAAUAGAAUUGAGGUGAUUAAUAAUAGUGUUGGUGAAUCUUUUGAGGGGGGUGAGGUGCCGAUGGCCAUUGUCCAGCAUUACAAGAAUUUUCUUGGAUGA